GUGUGUAUUACUGGUUGUCUAAUCAUUCCAUUGAUUCCAUUUUUAUCAGCUGAUUCUGUUUUGAGGAAACAUUUUUGUAAUUGAUAAUUAAACAAUGACUUCGUUAUCAAGUCUUAAUUCAUUAUAAUGAUUCACAAGUGAGACGAUGUACGUUUAUGUCACAUUUGCAUGCCUUGGAGUCUCUUUAAUCUUUUCAACAUGUCUCUCAUACUUCCUUUUUACUUUAUUAACACUUGGGGUGAUUCUAUCGAGCCUUGGGAUCGUUAUUUGGGUUCAUGUAAAGCUGUCUUCGCGCCAUAUGGCUACAGUGGGGGCGGAGCACACUCUAAAAGACAUUGAGAAUUUUCGUAUAAGUUUAAUGCGCGAUUUUGAGUCCUCAAACACUACCAAGACUCCUCAAGCCCAUUUUAAUCAGAUUUUUGGACGCACUGUCGAUAGUUUACUACAACAAUUGUUGGAUUUUAUCGUCCGGGAUUACAUUUUGGUGUAUUUGAAGGAAUAUGCGUACAAUUGGGAAACGUUGGGUGAAAAUAUCAGGGAGGACCUGUGGGGGGCCAUCGAGAUCCUACAUGACCGUUUUUCCCGAGUGGAUCAUGCCAAACUCAUAGCGUGUGACAUAGUCUCAAAAAUCACCAAUCAUUUUGAGAAAAUUCGCGAAGCGAAAUCGGCCGUGAUUGAUAGUGACCGGCCCCCUGUUUUCGUCUUGUCACCCCAUGUCAUGUCCUCCGACAAGGAAAUGAGUUACAUAAGAUCAGCGAGUGAAUUAUUUAUCAUGUUUCUCCUGCCUCGCAGCUACUCACUUUCGCCAUCAAAGUACUUCCUUCGGGAAAUUCUCGCAUGCAAGGUGUUCAAACCUUUCGUGGACACCAUCACCGAUCCCGAUUUCUUCAACCUCCACGUGAUUUACUACAUCGAAGCGCAAAAAAUCGCCGCAAAUGUCCACGUCAAAGCGUUCGAGUAUGCGAAAAGUUUCGACGAUAUUCUGAAAAUAAUCGCGAAAACCGACGAUAUCAACGCUUUAAAGUCAAUAAGGUACAGUUUGGUGACGAAGUUGAUGCAAGCGACCACUUUGCAGAACUUGAAUCGGUCGAAAGGCGUCGAUUUGGACAACGAAAAGAGCGUUCUUGCGUCAGCAGGAGUCAAUAAAUCGGACAUCAACGCGGCGAAGAAGCUGAGGAAGUACAUAAAUCAGUUAACAGUGGCGAAAAAGGAGUCCGAGAAGAGGUUAGCGAGUCUUGGGUGGGAAUUGGGGUACCAAUUCAACGACGACUUGAAAAAAUCCCUCCCGAUUUCGUCGAUUUUGGAGCAUGUUUUGGGUCGGAAAUACCUGUCCCAGUUUUUGGACACUUUGGCGAGCCAGGAUUUGGUACGGUAUUGGACCGCCGUCGAGGAGCUCCGAACGGCCCAUCGAAAAAACUGGCACCAAUUAGGCGCCGAAAUUUUUUAUACUUUUAUACGCAACCCAACUUCGGAGAUCAAAGUCGAUAAAAACACCCGAAAACGCAUGGAAGCGUUUUUAUUGGGUGAUAAGGGACCAGAAGUGUUCUACGAAGUGCAAUCACAAGUCGUACAAACCCUUGAAGAUAAAUAUUAUCAGCCGUUUUUAAUCAGCGAUUAUUACAAGGAGAUGAUUGCAGCAAUGGAGAAAGAAGACGACAUAUCGGAUCUUGAUCGUUCGCUUGAAGAACGCCAAAAUUCCGGCGAUUCUAUUUCAAGUGUCGAUAGCACGAAUUUAAACGUCGGCGAUCAUUCCAAUUACGCCAAACAAAAAUUGGACCAAUUAGAAGAACGUCUCAGUAACAAAACACAAGCAUUACAAGCAUUGCGAUCGUCGCUUCGACCCGAAUCGAAAGUUUUGAGUAAAUUGGAGAAGGAGGUGGAGUGGUUGCAGGGGGAGAGGAGGCAAUUGGAGGCUCAUUUGAAUCGAACUGAAGUUUGGGGUGAAAAUUUGGGAAAGUGGAGGACAGUUGUGCAAUCAGCGGAGGUUCCAGACGAACGGGAACCACUCCAGUUUGUCCUAGUGGUGCACAUGGCCGAAGAGGAGUCCAAUGAGGAGACGAUCAGCACCGGAUGGGUUGUGUGUCGGAGUUUGACUCAGUUUCAGGAAUUGAACCGAAAAUUAAGACCAUUGUGUUCGGAAUUACGCAAUCUUGAGCUACCCUCAAACACGUUUAAGUUUUUGUUUGGGAAAACCGACAAGAGCUCGCUGGAGAAGGCCAAGCAACAGAUACAGAAGUAUUUAGAUUUUAUUUUGACUGAUGAUAAAUUGAACCAAAGUGAGGCGGUUUAUUCAUUUUUAAGCCCCAGUUCUGACCAUUUGAAACAUUCCACUCCUAGUCCGAAAAAAUCGCGAUUUUCGUUUUCCACACUAUUCAAAAGCGGAAGUGAGCAAAGUAAGGACGGUUCUUUGGUCCUCAAAGAAAGCGAAGAAGAAGACAUUUCGCAAUGUUUGGCCCCCGAAUCCGGCGAUACCGUCGAUUUCGUCAAAAUAAACGGCCGAUUCUACGACGAUUCGAAAGACACCAUCGCUGAGCCUUUGUACGCCCUCUUGGGGGAGCUUUUUGACAUGCGAGGGGUGUUCAAGUAUCUCCGCAAGACGUUGAUUGGGUUUGUCCAAGUGACAUAUGGGCGUAAUAUCAAUCGUCAGAUUUACGAGACCAUCUCGUGGUGGUUUUCCGAGCAAAUGCUCCACUAUUACGUGACUCUGAUUUUGAAGAAUUUCUGGCCUGGGGGCAGUUUGGCGAGUGCGGGGCCAAUGCGAACUGCCAAUGAAAAAAUAAGGACGGCGCGUGAAGCACAAGUUUUGUUUGUAAGUAACGUUCCGGAAUUGCUGACGACUUUGGUUGGGGCGAAUGCUGCGAAAAGUGGGGCGAGGAAGGUGUUUGAUGCGUUCCAGGAGAAGAAUAUGAACAAGCAGUUGCUUUAUGAGAUUUUUGAGGUUUUGAUGGAUGCUGCGUUCCCGGAAAUCAGUUAACGAAAUAUCAUUUUUUAAGAGGAGCAUAUUUUUAGAAUUGUUUUAUCGAAAAAGACUCGAAAAAAUUGAUGUGUGGCUGUCAAUUUUUCCCAAAGUUUUGUUCAAGUACUACGUGAGGCACUAGAUAUGUAAAUAAAUGUGACUUAGUGAUAUAGAUUAAAUGUGAGAAAAUUGUAAUACUUGGUGUUGUUUCGUUAAACACAGUAUUAUUUUUUUUAAAUAACAUUACCAAAGAAAUUAAUUUAUUUUCUGUACUUUUUGUAAACAAACAACAUACCUAAUACAAUGUAAUUUUAUGUAAAUAAAUUAUACAAAAAUGA